AUGGCAUCGCCAAUAUCCCUCUCUAGCUCCUCCAGCACCCGGAGAUCCUCCUCCCGCGCCCUCCCCUACGACGGCCCCAAACUAGCCAACAUCGUCUGCGGCGUCAACCUGAACUGCCGCUUCGACCUCCAACUCAUCGCCCGCCACUGCCGCAAUGUCGAAUACUGCCCUAAACGCUUCAAAGCCGCCAUCAUCCGCACGCGCGAGCCCAAAGCCACCGCGCUCGUCUUCGAAGGCGGCAAGAUGCAAAUGCUCGGCGCCCGUAGCGUAGACGACGCUAAACUCGCCUGUCGCAAGUUCGCGCGUAUGCUGCAGAAGCUGGGUUAUGAGCCGAGGACGGAGGGGUUUAAUGUGCAGAAUAUGGUUGCGCAUGCGGAUACGAAGAUGGUUGUAAGGUUGGAGGGCUUGCAUGCGGAGAAUUGGCGCUGGACGCAGUUUGAGCCGGAGUUGUUUCCAGGACUGUUCUUUCAAAUGAUGCAGCCGAACAUGAAGACGCUGGUGUUCGCAAAGGGGAAGGUGGUUUUGCUCGGAGGGAAGGAGGAGGGGGAUUUUGAGAAGGCGAUGCAGAAUUUGUAUCCGCUGCUUGUGCAGUAUCGGAAGACGUGA